AUGAGGUGGGUAUUGGGGGCUUUCAUGACCCUGUGGGGCCUAUCGCUUGCCGCUGAGGACCCAAAUCAGCCAAUCGUCAUCAGAUUGGAACCCCAAGCUCAAAAGCCAAAGUUCUUAGAAGAUAUCGCUCCACCACGUGCCGUUCAGACAGCUUCCGAAGAGCAGAGUGCGCCACAACUCCCACCAAUGAUCCCACAACAGCCAAUCUCUGUUCCCCAAGCACCAAUGGGCACUCAAGCGCCAGUGCCAGCUGCCAUGCAACCUGUGCAAACCGCCUCUCCACCAGGAAUCCAGCAAUUCGCCGCCAGAGAUGGAUCUCUUCCACCACCGCCACCAGUCACCAUUCCAACAGAUGUUCAAAAUCAGCUGAUCAAAUUCUUCGGCCUCGACUCGUUUGGAAUUCCCGGAUUGACUGGAAAACAUCCUAACGGAUUUGCGGGCGCCAUGCAAGAGCUUCGAGCUGCCGGAAUCCCUGUGCAAGGACUUCCCGCUGAACACCUUGUCGGACAACCAACUGCCACUCAACCAACAGCUGAUGUGCUCGCUCAGGCCAACCCCAGCUUUGCCAAUCAGAUCACCCAGGUGAUGAACGAUGCGAUGAACCCGGGAGAGUACCAUCCAUCUGGUGGCGUCCCAUUGCCCUCCGAGCAUCCCGGAGAGAAUGGAUUGAUCGGUCUUCUGUCGACAUCUGUCAGAAAACUCAUCAAGGAAACCGGUGUCGCCGACGCUUUGUCACAAUCGUUGCCAACGGUUUUGGGAUCGGGAAAGACGGAGCAGAGCACUGAUGAUGCUGGGGAAACUGUGCACAGAGAUCGGGUAGCCGCCGCCGGAGUGAAAACUCAUACACCAGUUGAAAGCGGAUCCGGAUCUCAAGCCUCUUCAUCGGUUCCACGAGCUGAUGUCAUCUCGGCAUCAUCCAACAUCCGUCGUCAACCAUCCACUGCUCAGCGAGCUCUCUCUGGAAUCGCCGCUGUGUUGGGUGGAGGUGGAAAUGGACCCAAAAACGCGGGACUUCCCCGAAUCCCCGGGAUUCCACUCUUGCCUGGAGGAAUUCCAAGAAAUAAUCAAGGACAAAUCGACGUUGUGAGUCUGAUCGGUCAAGUGACCCGACGAAUCUCAAACGGAACCACGUUGGCCGAUGUGCUUCCACCAGAGCAAUUGCAAACUUUGGCUGAUAACGUGACUGAUGCUUUGUUGCCAGCCACUCCCGAGCACUUUGACCUCUCGAAAUUCAUGGGACGCUGGUUUGAAGGAGUCAACUCUCCACGAGCCACCGAGCAACGUUGUGUUGUGCAUCAUUAUGGUGGAUUGACGAAAAACGAGAAAACAGCCACUUUCACCGCCUUGAAGAUCUACCGAGAGGGAUCAGAGUUUGGACCUGUUAGAUACUCGAUUGGUUACGCUUUCCGAGCUGGGAACAAGGACGCUAUGUUGCAACUUCAUUCCUCUGAAACGCAAGACGCGCAACCGUUCUGGAUCUAUCGACUUGGACCUGAGGGUAAAGAUCCAUUUGGAAAUCCACAAUACGAGUACGCGAUCGUGUCAAAUUGGGUGAAAUAUCCAGUGACGGUGCUGGUGAGAGAUCCGGAUACAUUCAAGAAGAAAUACGAACAAGAAGUGCUUCGUUGGUUGGAGGAUCAGGGUUUCAUCAACGGUUUCGUGCGUGCUUUCAACAUGUUACAACCGGCUUCCUACACCGCUUGCCAAUACGCUGACUCGACUUUUGAGGUGUUCGGAAAA